CUGCAUCUGGUACUGAACCCUACAGUAGUCUACUCCUGGAUGUAUAAACAGCCUUCCCUAUUCCUCCUAGUAGUGCCACCACCCUCUCCGCUGUAGGGUCUGUACCCAGGCUAAGAUGCGUCCAUUGCGGGUCUACCUGCUGGCCCUCCUCCUGUUGGCAGGGAUCUGGCUGUCUGGUGCCAGUGUAUCCGACAGCUUUAGAGACUGCAGACAGUUUUUCUACAUGAGGGCAGCACCAACAGGCAUCGACGGGACCAGGGACAGCCUCAAGAGGAUCUGCCAGCGCUACGGGGACAAGGCGCGCUACGCCACCCUGUACGACGGCAGCCGUCGCCUGCCCCUCUACUCAGCCUACACCUUUAAGAAGAACGACGGGAAGAAGAGGAUGGACACGCCCUGGAUGUACGAGCCACAGCUGGUGUCUGGGAAUGAGGGUGGGAACAUGAAGGUGCUGCCCCCUAGUGAUGACCCGGAGCCUCUGAUCCAGGAGAGCCAGGCGGUGCUGGAGGAUUACUCAGACGCCGUGGAGUACUCCCGAGGCCUGCUCAACCCAGACCAGCACCAGGCUGACCCAGACGAUAAGGCCUCCACCUACACCCUGACCAACGUGGUACCCCAGAUCACAGACUUCCUGGAAGAGACCUGGAGCUCCUAUUUGGAUACCGUGCGCCGCCGCCUCAAUAACUUCUGCCGCGGAAAGCAGUCCUACGUGGUAACCGGGGUGACAGUCUCCGGGGCAACCAUACGUCGGGGGAACGAGGACCGCAUGGGGAUCCCCAAACACGUGUGGUUGGCUUACUGUUGCCCACGGUUCGACCGUAACUCUCCCUACGAGGUGCGUUUCAUGUUCCCUAGCUAUGGUGCCUAUGCACUGAAUGAACAGGAGGACCAUGGAGUCAUGGAGGUGCCUUUAAAGACACUGGAGAGCUUUCUGAAGAAACAAACGGACAUGGAUAGUAAUCUGGCUAUCUUCUACGAGGACUGUGUGUCAGAGAACACCUUCAAAAAGAAGAGGAAAAGAUAGGCCUGUGUGUGUGUGUGUGUGUCUGUUUUAGUUUUUUUUUACUGUAAUGGGGGUGUAAAUUGACCAAUUGAAGGAAGUUUUAUUUUAUUUACAUUUUAUACUCUUACAAAGUAACUGUCAAUAAUUGUCAUGCACAAUCAAUCAACUGAACUGAAAAUACAACAAAAAAACUCGUCGGUCUCAAACGUGUGAGAAACCACAUCACGAAGCAACACUUUUCUUCACACCUCAUAGAAACGCUCUGAACAAAAUGUGCUGCAUGGAACUUAAACCGACAGGACUACAGUAUACUGCUUCAAUGAAAGUACCAUAGUAAGCUACAGCUGUAAUGUUGUAACGUAAUAAAAAAGAUUCUGUUCAAUGUCGUUUCACAGCUAAUAUUUGCAUGGAAUAUGGGACAUACGCGGUGCAGUGUA